CUUUAGAAUUGCUGGAAUCUUAUUUCCUGUUUUGUUUAUGAUGUCAUGGUCUGUUCAGGCUGAUUUCAGCUCUUCUUUGAUGACAGAGCAGGACCAUGUGACUUUGGUUGUCACAGUAACAGCUUCCUUGGCAACAGGCGGUCUCUAUUGUGACAUUCAGUAAGCUUUUAGUUUCCCAGGAUUCCUUGGGGUCUGUACCUGGACAGAAUGGACUCGGAGCCUGAAUUUAAGUCAUCCCAUUUGGAUAGGAUUUCAUUUCUAGCUCAACCAAAGAAGUCCAAGACGGUUUGGGCUACAACACCUUGCUGACUCCUCUGUUGUGCUUGUGUUGCGGGACUCAGGAUACUGACCUGGGGAAACCAGGAAUCGAUACGGCCGCUGUCCCGCUCCGCAAUGCAAGCCGUUCCGAGCCCCAGAAUAAAGGCUCUGGCCCAGCCUAAGAAAGACUUCUGCCUCCAGAUCCAGCUCAGUCAUUGGGGACCGUCUGUUUGGUGACCAGUAUUCUUCAAAAUAUCUUCGACUUCAGCAGAAAGAAGAAACUCAUACAGGUUUGGAAUAACACAGGUGAGUAAAUUUAAGAAUUUUUAUUUUUAGGUGAACUAUCAAGUGUCGACUGACAGUCCCACCUACUGGCUGGAACAGGUACUGUUUAAAUACCAGCUAAAUAAGGGCUUGAAACUGCUGUGAGCUAAAAGAACAGACUGUUCACACAGAACCUGUUUGUGUUUUUAAAAACGCGAACAAAAUGGAAAAGAGCGCAAAAUCGAGGUGUGUUAAACACCAUACAGCCAUUAAAUCACCAAUAAAAGUUUUUGUUUACAUAGUGUGUGUGUGCUAUAUAUAAAUACACAUACAGUGUGUAUAUAAAUAAAUAAUUUUUCUUGAAUAUAUGCAUGCAUGUGUAUACAUAAAUAUACACCGCACACAUAUGUAAACAAAAGCUUAUUUUGGAUGCAAUUAAUCGUUUCACAGCACUAUUCACUGUAUUUUUAUCAAAUAAAUGCAACCUUGGUAAACAUAAGAGACUUGUUUCAAAAACAUUACAUAAUCUUACCAACCCCAGUUUUUUUUAAUGAUACUUUAAAAUGAAGACAGUUGUGUGAGCUCAGGUUUAGCUGUUUCAGCUUAUACGGAAGGAACUUUUAGGUUAAUAAUGAAUGAGUUGAGGUCAGCAUUCAGAAUCAAGCAUGUGCCCUAUACCUUUUAGUGGAAAUGAGAAAGCAAUCCACAAUUCCUGCCAUUCAUGUUUGGAUGCUUUGUGUCAUGCAAGUGUACAGGUCAUACUUUACACCAUAUCUCAUAAUUUGAUCAAAUAUGCUAUCAAAAGUAAUUAGGUUACUCAUUUCCUAGCAGUUCCCUGCUGCGUUUAUCAAGAAACACUGAUUUCUUUCUUACCGACAAAUUCCUCAUUCAUAUUACGAGGAAAAAGUGCAUUAAAACUCUCACUUUCUCUGCCCAACUGCCCCUUUUCCACCCAGCAGUCCGGUUAAAGACGCCCGAGUCCUCUGAAUGAGCAGGUUGUGUCUGAAGCCAGAGGGAGUUUAUGAGAUAAUGGAUAAAAUGAAUUUGGUUCUCUGAGUCCAGCUCGCAAGAACGUUUCCAGCCACGUUCUUCACCAGAGAGCAUAACAAUCACUCUUAUAAAAGACCAAGCUGAGAAAUAUGGGUGUGAUUAGCAUAAACACUCUCCCAAUCCUGGUUUCACUUGUUCCUAGCGAGCAUCCUGUAACACUCGUCCUAUUGUCUUGUUUGAAAAGGCGGAUUUUCUCUCGGAUGUCAGACGUUCCCUCUACAAUCUUCCUGCAGGAAAGAGGAAGAGGAGGAGAGAAGGAUGAAGAUCUCCCGCCCUUCUUCUCAUGCAGUGCAGUACGAGAACGUUGUGCGUCUAGCGACUCCCAAAACCCGAGGAAGAAGCGCCCAGGAAGUGAAUUCUCCUCACUCAUUGUUAUGCGAGCAUGACUGUCCCAUCUGGCACGUGAGUCCCAGUGUAAGGAACGUGGUCAUCUCACCUCGAAUCCUUCGGCUGGCCAACCCCAAAACCAACCACCCCAUCUUCACCAGCAACAGACAGAAUGUGCAGACAUUCAUCUCAUAUGCAGCUCAAACAGCCAAGAUGACGUCCAGACUUGAGCAGCUCUCACUGCCCAAACUAAGAAAGAACAGACACUUCUACGACCCUGGACGACCAGAGAGUCCAAUCCGAACUGUAAGAGACACUGUGCUUAACCUCAGGUGUCUAGAGGAGCAAGAAUCGCCACGGCGAGUGCCCGAAUCCAAGCUUUAUCCACUCCUAAAGCCCUCUCUAAAGAUUACAUCCCACCCAGAGAACCAACAUGGCAGCCCUGAGAAAACAAGACAGACCACAAAGCUGUGGUUUCCAGCCUAUUCAUCAUCUGCAGUUAUUGUAUUUUGUCACUUUCUCACCACCUUCCUUUUCCUAUCAGGAACUUGUUGAUUGGUUGUUGCUUUCGCUCUGGUUUUCUAAUCAGUCUCAGAUUUUGACUCUGGACUACUUUUGACUGAAAUUUAAGUACUACAUUAUUCUUAGCCUUCUGCCAAACCCUCCUGGCUCCUCAAACAGGACUCUGUGUUUUACGCCUAUAGUGUUUCCAGAUUGUCUCUUUUUUUGGAUUUCUGUCUAGCCGCCGCUUUCUGUGAGAAAAUGUAAGAGUAUCAGCAUUAUCAGCAUCUGGUUUGAACAUCGGUGUAAGUUUUCUUGCCUGGACUUUCUUUCUACACAUUCACCUAGAUUACACUUCUAUACUAGAAUCAUGUGAAUUAAUAAAAAAAAAAAAGUGUAUGUAUGCAUGUAUGCAUGCAUAUACAGGUGCAUCUCAAUAAAUUAGAAUGUCGUGGAAAAGUUCACUUAUUUCAGUAAUUCAACUCAAAUUGGGAAACUCAUGUAUUAAAUAAAUUCAAUGCACACAGACUGAAGUAGUUUAAGUCUUUGGUUCUUUUAAUUGUGAUUUAGGCGCAGCUGAAAUCAAUCAAUGGUCACUAUGGUCAUUGAACCAGCUUUUGGUAUCUUUGGCAGUGUGGGCAGGUGCCAAGUCCUGCUGGAAAAUGAAGUCAGCAUCUCCAUAAAGCUUGUCAACAGAAGGAAGCAUGAAGUGCUCUAAAAUCUCCUGGUAGAUGCCUGCAUUGACUGUGGACAUCAGAAAACACAGUGGACCAACACCAGCAGAUGACAUGGCAGCCCAAAUCAUCACUGACUGUGGAAACUUCACACUGGACUUCAAGCAACAUGGAUUCUGUGCCUCUCCACUCUUCCUUCAGACUCUGGGACCUUGAUUUCCAAAUGAAAUGCAAAAUUUACUUUCAUCUGAAAAGAGGACUUUGGACCACUGAGCAACAGUCAGUUCUUUUUCUCCACAGCCCAGUUAAGAUGCUUCUGACGUUGUCUCUGGUUCAGAAGUGGCUUGGUAGCCCUUUUCCUGAAGACGUCUGAGCGUGGUGACUCUUGAUGCACUGACUCCAGCUUCAGUUCACGCCUUGUGAAGCUUUCACAAGUGUUUGAAUCAGCUUUGCUUAACAGUAUUCUCAAGCUUGCAGUCAUCCCUGUUGCUUGUGCACCUUUUCCUACCCAAAUUCUUCCUUCCAGUCAACUUUGCAUUUAAUAUGCUUUGAUACAGCACUCUGUAAACAGCCACACCUUUCAGUAAUGACCUUCUGUGACUUACCCUCUUUGUGGAGGUGUUCAAUGUUCGUCUUCUGGAUCAUUGCCAAGUCAGCAGUCUUCUCCAUUAUUGUGGUUUCAAAGAACAAGAGAUACCCAGAAUUUAUACUGUAGGGAUGGUCAUUAAUUUAAACUCAAAUGCAAGUAUUCUAAUAUUUUGAGAUACUGAUUUUUGACUUUCAUGAGCUGAAAGCUCUAAUCAUCAAAAUAAAAAAAAAAAAAACUUUUGAAAUGUUUUACUUUACAUGCAAUGAAUCUAAAAUAUAUGAAAGUUUCACUUUUUGAAAUGUUACAAGAAAAAAUGAACUUUUUCACGACAUUCUAAUUUAUUGAGAUGCACCUGUAUGUGUAUGCAUGCAUAUAUAUAUAUAUCUGUGUGUAUUGGCAAGUAUUUCAAUAGUUCCAUUGUAUUUACGGUUAAAAAAUAAACCACUUUAAAAAAAAAAAAAAAAAAAAGUAAAUCUUAAGCAUAAUCACCAUGGAUUAUGCCUUGUGAUUCUUUAAUUGAAAAUGAGUUAGCAGUAACUCAAAAACGGUCACAUUUUAGCAUGUGUUUGAACCCCGUACAGUUGCUCAUGGCACUAGAGGAGCCAGUUGGACCCCAGAUCAGUCCAGUUUUCCUUUCUAUUUUCUCAAAGUCUUUCCUGUUCCCAUGAUCCUCCUCUAACUCUCUCUCUGACCCAUGGGUGACAGAUUCCACUUUAGUCUGUCGAGUUGUCGUGGUAACACACAAUGCCACGGCUCUCCAUCAGCCAUUCAGAUUCAGUAAACAGAUCUAGUUCCUCUCACUGUAUUAACUCAUCAAACAGAACCGAGUCAGAACCCCAUCAGGCGGAUUUAGAGGUGAAAGAUUCACGUAUAAAUAACAUCAGUGAUCAAAUGGGGGAGGUAUUCUGACAUAGGUUUAAAAUAAUAAAACUAAAUAUUGUGGUUCUACCUUGUUGCUUGCAACCCUUUUUUUUUUUACGGUGUUGCAGAUAUGUAUUACCAACCAGGGAGCCCAAAGAGCCUCAAACAGAGACCAAAAACAACAAACCUGUGGAUUAUUGUGAUGUUUUUAUCAGCUGUCUGGACUCUCAUUCUGACGGCACCCAUUCACUGCAGAGGAUCCAGCCUUUUACAAAUCUGCUCCCAUGAAGAAACAAAUUCAUCUACUGUACAUCUUGGAUGACCUAAGGGACGAUGUGGAAGGAAAACUAUAUAAUACAAAAAAAUUAAAUAAAGUAGAUGAAGCGAGUCAAGAGAACCAGCCAGCGCUGUGAUUUGGCCACUUCAGAGGCACGCUAGUCUACCGCAAGAACUUUUAAAGCCUCUCUAAACCGGCGCAGCUGAAAUCAAUCAAACCCUCCUCAGCUGAAUGCUGAGUGUUCUGAUUGGUGCAGGAGGGGGCGGAGACUAGUGCAAUCAACCAAUGACAAUGCGAGCUAGUAGCUCAAUACAUUGCUCUCUUUCUUUCACUCAUAUGGAUUUUUAUUUAUUUAUUUAUUUUUAUUUACCAAAAUUUCUUACAAUGCCUAAAGUUUCAUAUUUUUUAUAGGGUUCUAGCUGUAUUAUUUUAAUAUAUUCCAGGAUAUGCCAGGAAAGUUGCUGCAGUGUUUGUGUUCAGCUUAGCAUCUGCACUGCAGUCAAAUGAACAUGUUUGUUUUUCCGUUGAGGGUGUGGGAUGUUUUUUUCACGCCCCACUGCUCAAACACACACACACACACACACACACACACACAUAUACCACUGCAGUCAGCUGCACUCUGCCAACCAUGUAAAAGUUGCCUCAUCUGUUCAUCCUUUGCUUACUUGGAUGUGCUUAAGGAUUUGAAUAUUUUAUGAAACGCUGCCAUCAGCGUUUGAGUCUGCCUGAGGCUUCUCACUCCAUUCACUGUUUUUCACAUGGACUCUGUUGUUUAGUCGACUCUUCCACCAUCCUUGUCAUCAGGAUUUCAUUUUUAAACCUCUUUUGCUGUCCAGGUUUUCAGAUACAUUCAGAACAAGCUCCCAGAAAAAAUGUAGGCUAUUGUUCAGAUGUUGCUCUUUCAUAUAUGAAACUUAACUUGAGAUAUCAGGCAUAAUUCUCCAAUAAUUCCUUUUAAGAAAUAAAGAGAGAAAC